AAGUGUCAGUUUGUGAACCUGCUGCGGCGGGACCCCAGGGCUCGGCGGGCAGGGGCCUGGCAGCGCCGCCCGGGGAGGGGGGUGGAGGGAAGGCCAGGUGGCAGGGAGAAGAAGGCCUGACUUGGCACUGCCUACCCUGUCCCGUGUCUGUGCGCCCUGCCCGGGAGAAAGGAGAGGAAGGGGCGGGGAGCGCGGCCGUGCCAAGUCCCCAGCGCCGUUCUGCCUGCCCCUGGCCCCUGACAUGCACACACACGUAUUUCCUUUCCCUGCUCGCUGACACGCUGCUGUGAGAUCCGUCCAACACCCGCUGCCCCGAGCGCGCACGCACUCGCGCUCGCCCUGACGGCACAUGCUCCGGAGCGCCAGGUGCCCGGCCGCCGGGCAGGGGAGCGGACCCGCGUCGGGGCGCGGGGGAAUAGAACCAGUUGUUGGAGAGUGGAUGGAGGGACACGGAGCCAGGGGAGCCCCGCGAGGGGAGGGAGACGCCCGCGGAGGAUGCCACUUGCCAGGGAGGACCUGGAGGGAGAGGGCGCAGUUGCGUAGAAGUUUUCAGAAAAGGAGUUUUCAGAAGGUGGCGAUUGGCCCCGUAAGGAGAAUCUGGAAGAAGGCGAGAAAGCAGGGAGUGGGCGCAGCAUCUGUGGAAGCCAAUGGAGAAUCGAGCUCUGGACCCAGGGAUUCGGGAUUCCUAUGGUGCGGCCAACCAUCUCCCAAAUAGGGGCGCCUUGGCCAAAGCCAAGAACAACGUCAAAGACCUGAUGUCCAAGCUGACGGAGGGCCAGUAUGUGCUGUGCCGGUGGACGGAUGGCUUGUAUUACCUUGGGAAGAUCAAGCGGGUCAGCAGUUCUAAGCAGAGCUGCCUUGUGACUUUCGAAGAUAAUUCCAAAUACUGGGUCCUGUGGAAGGACAUACAGCAUGCUGGCGUUCCGGGCGAGGAGCCCAAGUGUAACAUCUGUCUGGGGAAGACCUCAGGGCCCCUGAAUGAGAUCCUCAUCUGUGGGAAGUGUGGCCUGGGUUACCACCAACAGUGCCACAUCCCCAUAGCCAGCAGCGCUGACAGGCCCCUGCUCACGCCUUGGUUCUGCCGACGCUGCAUCUUCGCGCUGGCUGUGCGGAAAGGAGGCGCGCUGAAGAAGGGUGCCAUCGCCAGGACGCUGCAGGCCGUGAAGAUGGUGCUGUCCUACCAGCCUGAGGAGCUCGAGUGGGACUCGCCCCACCGCACCAACCAGCAGCAAUGCUACUGCUAUUGCGGCGGGCCCGGAGAGUGGUACCUGCGGAUGCUGCAGUGCCACCACUGCAGACAGUGGUUCCAUGAAGCCUGCACCCAGUGCCUCAAUGAGCCCAUGAUGUUUGGAGACCGGUUCUACCUGUUCUUCUGCUCCGUGUGUAUCCAGGGCCCCGAGUACAUCGAGAGGCUGCCGCUGCGAUGGGUGGAUGUGGUUCACCUGGCCCUCUACAACCUGGGGGUGCAGAGCAAGAAGAAGUACUUUGACUUUGAGGAGAUUCUGGCCUUUGUCAACCACCACUGGGAACUCCUGCAGCUCGGCAAGCUCACCAGCACCCCUAUGACGGACCGAGGACCACAUCUCCUCAACGCUCUGAACAGUUACAAGAGCCGGUUCCUCUGCGGCAAAGAGAUCAAGAAGAAGAAGUGCAUCUUCCGCCUGCGCAUCCGCGUGCCCCCCAACCCUCCCGGGAAGCUGCUGCCUGACAAGGGCCUGCUGCCCCCCGACAGCCGGGCCGCCGCCUCGGAGCUGAGGAAGAGAGGAAAGAGCAAGGCUGGUUUGUUGCUUCAGGAAUUCCCGCAGCAGAAAAGGCGAGUCUAUAGAAGAAGAUCAAAGUUCUUGCUGGAAGAUGCUAUUCCCAGUAGCGACUUUACCUCAGCCUGGAGCACCAACCACCACCUGGCCAGCAUUUUCGACUUCACGCUGGAUGAAAUUCAGAGUUUAAAGAGUGCCAGCUCAGGCCAGACCUUCUUCUCUGACGUGGACUCCACGGAUGCGGCCAGCACCUCCGGCUCCGCGUCCACCAGCCUCUCCUACGAUUCCAGACGAACAGUGGGCAGCCGGAAAAGGAAGCUGGCAUCCAAAGCGUACGUGCCACUGCGGGCCAAGCGGCGCGCGGCAGAGUUGGGUGGACGCUGCCCCUCGGACAGCAGUGCCGAGGGGGCUUCGGGCCCUGAGCGGCCCGACGAAGGCAUCGACAGCCACACGUUCGAAAGCAUCAGCGAGGAUGACUCGUCCCUGUCCCACCUCAAGUCGUCCAUCACCAACUACUUCGGUGCCGCGGGGCGGUUGGCCUGCGGGGAGAAGUACCAGGUGCUGGCCCGGAGGGUCACCCCCGAGGGCAAGGUUCAGUACCUGGUGGAGUGGGAAGGAACCACCCCUUACUGACUAGCCCCCCCACCCCCCCCAAACCAAAGGAGGGGUAGGGGAAGCAAGACCGAGCUACAGAUGCCCGCCCACCCGCCCUCCAGGAAGCCGGUGCCUCUCCCUCCCCCUCCCCGCCAGCCUUUGUGCCUCUAAGGUCCCAGCUCACACAGGCUCCUCCUGUGUCCCCCACCCGGCCCGUGCCCUCCCUCCGGUCUCUGAUCGUUUCUCUGCUCCCCUUUCUUGCGACCUGAAUCUUGUCUCUGUCCUUGUCCCUCCCCUCCACCUCUUUUUGCUUCUCCCCUUGGGUGGGGGUGGGGGGGGUUUCUAUCCGUCUCUGUGCAUGGGGGGUCAUUUAUACCGGGCUCAGGGGCAGCCAGUUGUGCCGGGAGCCUUAAGCGGUGCUGGUGGAGACGAGGACGCCCCUGUGAGAGCCCUGGGGGUCUGAGGCGUGAAGGGGCUUCUCUCCCUCAAGCUCGGGGUGAAGGCUGCGGGUACCGACUCUUCCUUCCUAGCCGCGGCCCUUAGCUGCCCUGGGACUGGGCUGGCCUUGCUGAGGUGGACGAGGCCUUGCAAGAGGAAAGGAAGCUGUUGUGCUAAACCCGUUUCUUCUGUCUCCCGCCCCCAGACCCGACACAGCUGACCCGUCCACACUCGGUCACACAUAAGCUUCCCUGCACGUGUCCUUCCGUCCAGUGUGCAGUGUGCCUCUCCCCCACCCCCUCCCCUCACAUGUGCCUCCCAUGCUCUCCACGGUGGCUCCUGCUCUUCCCUGGCCCUCCUCUUCCUCGUGCUGCAACUGUGAAAAAAAAAUCCACCUCCUGUCCCCUUCUUGCAGCCCACGGGCCAACCUGGACCCGUGGAGGAGCAGUGGACUCCAGGCCUCUUUCUAAUCCCCGACCCUGUCCUGAAGUUGACGAUGUCUUGUUUUGCAACAGGGUGGCAUCAUUUUCUCACUCUGCCCCCUCAAAGGGAAGCCUUUAUCCCUGGGGGUAGGGCUAGAAUGCCGAGAACUGACUGGUAUGCAACGCGUGCACCCACCUGAAAGGAAACCAAAAAUGAGAGGGGAGGGCACCCUCCUGCUGCUGCUUCCGGGGAGGCAGGGACGUCAGAGACGGUCUCGCUUAGAUUGGAUAGGGGAAGAAGUGCCUUCGCUGCAGGCGGUGAGCGACUGCGGCACCCAGGGACCAUCCCUGCCAACGGCCGCUCUGGACUCUGCAUGGCUGGUUGUGCAAGCUGCCAGCGAGGUGCCCAUAGAAUGAGGGGGUGACAGCAGCAGCCUGAGGAGCUGGGUUGUGUAUGACUGGGUUGGCUCCCUUCCCCACCCUGCACCUGUAAGCACACGGGGUCUCCGGGGUAACUCAGUUGCCCCUCUUGCCUUAAAUCUCGUUUCCCACAGUGCCUUUCCAAUGGGACCUCGCCCCUGUUUGCAGCCCACCCAUUGCUUCUGCUUCCUGGCAGGCACUAGCUGGGGCUGGGCUCAGUUCACCCCUGUACCCCACGCCCAUUCUCAGCCCCCAGCUGCUGCCACUUCAGAGACCCCAGCUGGGGUUCGUGGGAAAGGGGACUGAGAAGCUAGCCCCCAACCCAGCAAGGGGGCGGGGGUCCCACUUCCGGCUUCCAGCCCGAGAGCAUGGCCACGGCUGGGAGAGUUGGUCACCACCGGGCUCUGGAGGGGCUCUGCUUGGGAAGGAAGCCGAGGGCACGGCAAGGUCACCCUGACGUCGCCCCCUGGCAUUUCAUUCAUACCAGAUAAUAGCUGUAUUACUGCCGACUGACCUUAUAGCCCUGUGCACCUUCGAAAAGAUUUAUGGUUUUGAAUUGCUGCUUUUAAUAACGUUUGUUAUAUUAAAGUUAUAAUUAAUAUGUGUCCAUUUUAGAAGUGUGUGGGAAAAGCCGCCCAUC